AUGACCUCCAGUUUUUACGAAGACAUUAAUACAAACCUUGAAAAGGCGAUGCUUAAAGAUACAGAAAGAUCAAGUUCACCCCUCGACAAAAAAUCUCCGAGUUUUGAGCAUAUCGAUCAUGACCUAGAAAGCAACGUGGAGGUUAAAACCAGCGAGGAUGACAAAGGCCUAAAAAGACAGCUAAAGCCCCGCCAUAUGCGGAUGAUUGCAAUUGGAGGUUGCGUUGGAACAGGACUGUUCGUUGGUUCUGGAAACGCAUUAGCAGACGGCGGUCCAGCUAGCAUUAUCAUAGCAUUCACUGUGAUUGGACUCUAUGUCUUAUUUACCACAAGCGCACUUGCUGAGCUUUCAGUUCUCUAUCCCGUCUCUGGUUCUUUCUAUACAUAUUUCUCCCGCUUUAUCGAUCCAGCAUGGGGCUUUGCUGUUGGAAUCCAAUAUUGGUUAUCUUUUGCGGUUACAGUCCCAUUAGAACUCACAGUGGCCCCCCUUAUUAUCAACGUCUGGCAUGCCCCAGGACGUGCAUCUGUAUGGAUUACAGUCUUCUAUGUACUAAUCAUCGGGAUCAAUAUAUGGGGAACGAAAGGGUAUGGCGAGGUCGAAUUUGUUUUGAGCAUCGUCAAACUGAUUGCCGUUUUCGGUUUUCUACUCCUUAGUAUCAUUAUUGCCGCUGGAGGGGUACCGACAGAUACCAGAGGUGUCAUUGGCGUCUCCUAUUGGAAACCGCCUUUAACGUUCAAUAACGGGAUUAAAGGCUUUUGCGCAGUUCUUGUCAUAGCAAUCUUUUCACUUUCCGGUACAGAAUUAGUAGGACUAGCAGCUGCUGAAGCAAAAGACCCACAUAAGACAAUCCCAAAAGCAGUGCGUCAAAUAUUCUGGAGAAUUAUCCUGUUUUACGUGCUAGCAUUGUUUAUGCUAACAUUGGUUAUACCUUCCAAUAACCCGCAUCUACGCACUUCUGGUGAUUCUGAAGCUCUGUUAUCGCCGUUUGUAAUCGCCAUUAGGUUAGCAAAUAUCAAAGCACUUCCAAGUGUUAUGAAUGCAGUGAUUCUUAGCUCAACACUUUCGGUUGGUAAUUCCGCAUCAUAUGCGGCUUCAAGGGCGCUCUUCGCUUUAGCCAAGAAUGGUUUUGCGCCAAAAUUUUUGCUGAAGACGAAUAAGAGAGGACAUCCAGUGUAUGCGAUAAUCAUAACUCUAUCACUCGGAAGCAUUGCAUACUUUACAGAAGCAGGAAUCGGAGGAGCUCUUUUCGGAUGGCUUUUGUCCAUUUGCGGACUCUCCACUACGUUUAUUUGGGGAAGCAUUUGUCUCAGUCACAUUCAAUUUAGAAGAGCAUGGAAAGCACAAAAUCAUUCUUUAAUAGAGCUUCCAUAUCUCAGUAUGUUUGGAAUUUAUGGAUCUAUUUAUGGAGUUGUCAUGACAUUUAUAGCACUUGCAGCACAGCUUUACGUGGCAAUAUUUCCAAUUGAUCGGGCGCCAAAUCCUAUUAGUUUCUUUCAAGCGUAUCUAGCAGCUCCUCUAUUGGUUAUCAGUUACACUUCAUGGAAACUUUUGAAAAAAACGAGCAUUGUUAACGUAAACGAAAUCAAUCUUGAAGAGGGCAUGCAAGUUGAACCAAAUGUUGAGCAACGAAUAGAAGAAAAGCCUUUAGAUGAAGAUAUUCUUCCCAUGGUCCCAAGCAAAAUGGAUAGUGAGAAGAGCAGUCAAUUUAGUAUAUGGCAAGAUAAGGAUGCGACGACUAUCGUUACACCGGAGCCUAUAUGGCCUAACAAGUCUUAG